AUGUCAUACAACAAUCACCAAGCAUCAUCCUAUACUUCUGGUCGUCGCCCUCCAGGGCGUCCACUUGGUUCCAAGAACAAACCUAGGAUGCCUAUCAUAGAAAAGCAUGACAAUCCUAAUGCACUAAAUUCUCAUGUCUUUGAGAUCACUUCCGGAUCUGACGUGUCACAAAGUCUCUUUGAUUACGCUCACCGUCAAAGGAGGGGUAUCAAUAUCCUUUGUGGAAAUGGAAUAGUGACGAAUGUUAGGCUUCUUCAACCCAUGGGAAACAUUGUAAUCCUUCAGGGAAGUUUUGAGAUACUUUCAAUAUCAAGAACAAUUUUUCCUUCGGAAACAUUACCUAAUGCAGGAGGAUUGGUAGUUUAUUUUAUGGGAACAUCAGGACAGGUAAUUGGGGGGAGUGUCAUGCCCCCUCUAGUGGCUUCAAGCUCAGUGACUUUGAUGACUACUUCUUUUGCAAACAAUGCAUCUGAAAAGAUGUCUUUGGUGACCAAUGAUCUGAUAGAACAUGAGCCCUCAUGCCUAAUUAAAGUUAGACAUGUGACUAAAAGUGGUAGUGGUGGAGAACCAACAUCUGAAAUGAUAAACAUGAUGAGUUCCAAAACCAAUUAUUUCUCAUCUUCUACCCAAGGUCGUAUAUUGGAAUGA